GCCGCGAUCUCGGGGGUCUCCAUGGGGCCGCUCGCCCGCCUUCUGCCGGCCCUGGCGGGGGGCGCCUGCUGAGAUGCCCCGGGCGGGCGGUGGGCGGCGGCAGCAGCGGGGCAGCAGCUUCCUUCCCUCCUCGGGGCGAGCCUCGCGGGCGGCGGGAUGGCCUCCCCCUCCGGCCAGGGGUCUCCGGGGGCCGCCGGGCUGCUGCGGGGGAGCCGGGCGCGGUCUUACGGCAGCCUGGUCAGCUCGCCGGUGCGCGAACGGCGGCUGGAGCACCAGCUGCGCCCCGGAGACACCUUGCAGGGCCUGGCCGUCAUGUACGGGGUGACGACGGAGCAGAUCAAGAGGGCCAACCGGCUGUACACCAACGACUCCAUCUUCCUCAAAAAGACGCUCUUGAUCCCCACCAAACCGAAAGCUUUUUCCAACGGACUGAACUUUGAGGAUGAGGAGGAAGAGGAAGGGCAGCGGGAGGCUGUCCUGCCCGAGUCGACCAAAAAGCAGAAGCAGCCCCGGAAGAACGGCUCUUCGGGGGGCUCAGUCCCCAAACACGACCUCUCGGCUGCCGAUUUUCUCUUCAAACUGGAUUCCGAGAUCCGACGGUCCAAGCAAGCAGCCGCCAAGAAGCUGCGAGAAGGAGAGAGCAGGAUUUUGGGGGAGACAUCAGGAAUGAACCCCACACCUUCCUCCUCCGGCUCCUACCAGGGCGAGCCUUCACCCCAGACCCAGCAGCGGGCAGUCCUCGGCCCCGUGCCCCUCACCCGGAUCGCCCGUGCCGAUGCUCUGCUGGACCAGGAGGACGAAAUCUUCAAGCUCUGAGACCCCCCGGCCCAAAAGGCAUCAGCCUGACCCCCAUCACGCUAUGGGGAAUAAAAGAUUCCACGCAAAGGGACUUCCA